AUGUCUUUUAAGGAUCUGAAAGUAGAACACAUUGAGGGUGAGCUGGCGGUCGCAUUAUCAAAAUGGUAUCCAUUUCACAAACGCAAUUUCAUUAAAAUCGGUGAAAAGAAAUGUCUCCUGCCGUACAAAUAUAUCGAAAACAGCGACAGUUUAUAUAAUUUUAAAAUUCGUCCGGAUGAUACAUGGAUCAUUACCCACCCUAGAUCAGGUACAACGAUAACUCGGGAACUCGUAUGGCUUGUGGCGAACAACAUGAAUUUUGACGAAGCACGUCGAAAAUAUUUACUAGAAAGAGUUCCGUUUAUAGAAUCAGGAGCAAUUUAUGACGAUCAUUUGGUAACGAAAGAUGUUCCUGGUAGGAUAAACACGGACAAAAAUAGCCUCGAUUUUGUGCAAAAUCAGCCUUCACCGCGUUUCAUUACAAGCCACUUGCCGUUUAAUCUGUUGCCAACAGUCGUAAACAGCACUUGUAAAAUUAUAUAUGUCGCAAGAAAUCCGAGAGACGUAGUAGUCUCGUGGUAUCAUUUCCAUAAAGAGAUGCCUCGUUAUAGCUAUCCGGGAACAUUCGAACAAUUCUGUGAUAAUUUCAUGAAUAAUCAUACAAUAUGGAGUCCAUAUUGGGAACAUGUAAAAGAAGCUUGGAUGAUGAGACACAGAGAGAAUAUGAUGUUUUUUUUUUACGAAGAUUUGAUAAAGGACUUACCUAGCAAUAUUAAGAAAGUCAUUACGUUCUUCGAUAAGACUUACAGCAACGAACAGAUCACCAAGUUAGUGGAACACUUAAACAUAGAGAAUUUCCGCAAAAAUCCUAUGGUAAAUCAACCGAUUUCCGACAUUGUAAUAAAAUCGAAUGCGUUUAUACGCCAAGGAACAACGGGUGGUUGGAAACAAAUGUUUACGCCAGAGAUUGAAGAGAAAUUUAAUAAAUGGAUCACUGACAAUUUAAGGGAUACGGAUUUAGCUUUUCCAAGUUAG